GAAGGUUGCUGACUUUUCAGUGUUGACUUAUUACUCCAGACUCGAGCUCGCUCAAGAUCCUCAAUCCCAGGAAAAUCAGAGAGCAAGAAACUGAAAAUGAAAAGCUGAUUAAACAAUCAAUUUUAAUCGAACUAUCUCCUUGUAAUGCGUUUGAAUCACGUUGAAACGCGAUAGGAAACGUGUUUCCUAAGGAAUCGUUUCGCGAUUGUUCUCAGAUCUCUGUGCAUAGAUUUAGAUCUCGAAAGCACUCUUCUUUCCAUGGAGGUUCAACCCGAGAUGGAGCCCACCUCGUCCAUUAGUUUAAUCGCAGCUGUUUCUUAUGGCAUUGCAUCAAUGGCAAUGGUCUUUAUCAACAAAGCUGUGAUCAUGCAGUAUCCACACUCCAUGACUGUUCUUACACUACAGCAAUUGGCUACUUCUUUGUUUAUACACUGUGGCAGACGAAUGGGGUAUACAAGAGCUAGAGGAAUUGAUUUGGCUACUGCUAAAAAGCUUCUUCCCGUUUCGAUCUUCUACAAUGCUAAUGUUGCAUUUGCUCUUGCAAGUUUGAAAGGAGUCAAUAUUCCUAUGUAUAUCGCUAUUAAGAGACUCACACCACUCGCUGUUUUGAUUGCUGGUUAUCUCUUUGGUAAAGGCAAACCAACAACUCAGGUUGCUCUAUCUGUACUACUGACAGCUGCAGGUUGUGUUAUUGCAGCUCUUGGAGAUUUUUCUUUUGAUCUUUUCGGGUAUGGUUUGGCUUUAACAUCUGUCUUCUUCCAGACCAUGUACCUCGUGCUGGUAGAGAAGUCUGGUGCAGAAGACGGGCUUUCCUCAAUCGAGAUAAUGUUCUAUAACAGCUUCCUUUCCCUCCCAUUCUUGUCCUUUCUCAUCAUAGUUACAGGCGAAUUCCCAAACUCUUUAUCUCUACUACUUGCAAAGUGUUCGUAUUUGCCGUUCUUGGUGAUGCUUGUUCUUUCACUGGUUAUGGGAAUUGUCCUCAACUUCACCAUGUUUCUUUGCACCAUUGUGAACUCUGCACUAACAACAACCAUCGUUGGUGUCCUCAAAGGCGUUGGUUCCACUACGCUCGGUUUUGUCCUCUUGGGUGGUGUUGAAGUACAUGCUCUGAACGUGUCCGGUUUGGUGGUCAACACAGCUGGUGGUGUGUGGUACUCUUAUGCCAAGUACCGGCAGAAAAAGGCUAAACCGGCUAAGACAUUGUCUGAUUUGGAAGCUCAUAAAAAAUGAGAACUUCUGGUCCGAUUCGGUUUGCACACCAAAAAAUAAAUUUUAUAUUGCUUAGAAAAUUAAGAUAUAUAAAAAACCAUGGAUACAUUAGUCUUUUAAUUGAUAAAAAAGGUUAAAAAUUACAAACAAUACAAAACUUUGGUCUUUUUGUCAACUUUAAUCGAGUAUAUGAAUAUUGAAUGAUUGUGUCCA